AUGAGUUUCAACUCUGAGAUAGAACCUUACCAAUUUGGUAUUGAACAAGAAAUAUAUUAUAGAAAUAAAGAAGAUAAAAAAUUGAAAAAGAAAAAAGAAAUUAAUGAGGAUGUUGAAGAAAUGGCACAAGCACUUUUUAUAUAUUGGAAAUCAAAAGAGUUAAUGAGGAGUAAAGAUAUUCAAUAUGAAGAAGCUAAUGAAAAAGCAGAAUUAUUAUGGAAAGAUAAACUUGAUGAUGGAACAUUGGAAUUAUUUAGAAAAGCAGCAGCUGUUCAAAUAGUAAUGUUAGGAGGUGAAUUUAUUGCUCAAAAGAAAAAAAAGAUUCAAAAAUGUUCAUUUGAAAGAAAUCGUGCUGAGUGUAAUCCUUUUUUAUUAUUUUGUAAAGAUCACAAAGAAAAUGUUAGAGAAAAAGGUAGUAGAGGAAAAGGAAUGACUACGUUAUCUAAUAUGUGGAAAGAACUUCCUGAUUCUGAAAAAGAAAAGUAUUUGGAAAUUGCAAAGCAAAAUAAGUCUAAAGAAAGAAGGUGUCUUAAUAAAGAUAUUCAAGAACAAGAUAAUUUAGCUGUUCCUUCAAUUCAAUCUAUUCCUUCAGUUCAUGAAUAUCAACAACUCACUUCUCUUGAUACAAUGAAUCCUGCUACACAAAUAAAUAGUAUGUCACCAUUAACUUCAUUAAAUCCAAUAAAUGGUACAAUGAAUAUUCCUUUUGUUCCACCAUCAAUGAAUAGUCCAUUUGUUCAUGACAUGUAA